AUGGAUUUGUCCUGUGGCGAAAACUUGGAGAAUUCUAGCAGCAGCAGAAGGGCAGUCGACAUGUGUGUAGCAGGUCCAGACAGAGUUUUGGAUCGGGACCCUCGUGUUCUACUCAACCUGAUGGACUUGGAGAGGCUGCAUGCUCUGCACACUGACUACUUCCAAAAUGUGCAAAUUGACAUACAGCCUUUUAUGCGAAAAGUGGUCACAACGUGGAUGUUGGAGGUUUGCGAGGAACAGCAGUGCGAAGAGCAGGUGUUUCCCCUGGCCGUGAGCUACAUGGACCGGUUUCUGGCCCAGCGUGCAAUUUCCCGACAACAGCUGCAACUGCUUGCAGUCACCGCGUUGCUUCUCGCCUCCAAGUUUCGUCAAUGUCACCCACUACCGGUGGACCUACUCUGCGCCUACACAGACAACUCCGUGUACCCACAUGAAGUCAGGCAAUGGGAAGUUAUGCUUUUGCAACGGUUGAACUGGCAACUGUCGAUAGCUACCGCCUUCGACUUUGUGGAGCCGUUCUUGGCGCGAGUGCCGUGGGGCCGAGGAAAUCCUCUGGUCCGCACUCAUGCACUUACUCUCACCUCCGUAUGUUAUACUGAAACCGAAUUCCUUUUGGUACCACCGUCUCUCGUUGCCGUCGCGUGCAUUACCGCGGCAGCGCGUGGUCUCCGUGUGAGAAUGUCGAUCAGCGACCUGUGUGCGUUGACCAGAGCCCCAGCUGCUGCCGCCGAGCUUGUCGCCAGACACGUGGAAAGAGUGCUAGCCCGCGAGACACAGCCACAGGAGGCCACAAGAGCCAGGCACGCGCAACCUCACAAACAGGCCGCCGACCAGACACAACUGCCCGACACACCCACAGAUGUCCAAGACGUACGAUUCUGAUAUCCGUAUUAGUUACUAAUGGUGACCAAACCUAACUUCUUUUUCUCACCUUAUAUUGAAAGACUCUUAUCAAAUAAAGCCUUUAGAGACGUAUUGAUCGAAAUGUUAUGAAUUCACACGAAUUUUAUUGUUAAAAUUGAUUUUUUGUCGCACACCUGGGCGGAUAAGAGACUCG